AUGCAUCAUCGUGCCUUUAGCUGCCAAGCCAUCGCCCUUGGGUUGGCUGGGUGGUACAUUUGCACUACGGAGUUUGAAUCUACGCUCUGGAUCGUGAAUUUACGAUUGUAUACGGGCCUUGGGAAUGGCGCUCGCAACCUGCGGCGGCAAAUAAACCUCGGGCUUCUCCUCUGCAAAGAUGCCACAGCGCAAAAGUGGUGUCAAACGAUGGCUCGCCUCAAUCCUGCCGCCAUAACAACCGCUCCCAGCCAGCAGCCAUUCACGCUUCAGCCACUGAUCAGGCAGAUGCUCAGCACUCGCCGCUGCAUAUCAGGCUCCAUCUUCAUCGUCGAGGGCAUCGACGUGAUGCCGGCGCCGGCUGCGACGCCCGAGGACGACGACUCUCACGCCGUCAGGUUGGUGCUGGGGGACGGCGAGCUGUGCAUCCAGGCCCUGCUGCACCCCGACAUGUUUUACCUAGUGGAAAAGAGAGACGUGUUUGUCGGAUGCUGCGUGCGAGUGGGGGACUUUGUUAUGCGGUUCGAGGAGCCUGGCGGCGAUGGGCAGAAUCUCGUUGACCAAGGGGACGAAGAGGAAGAUGAGAGGGAGGAGAGAGAGAAAGAGGACGAAAGGGGCAUGGUGUAUCUGAUUGUCAACGAGCUGGAGACGGCUGGAUGGAACGAGUCAUAUAUGGCCAUGUGGCGUCGGCAUGAAAAGGGCAAAGACGUCGCGGGUGCUGAGGAUGCUGAGGAUGCUGAACAGCCAGCUGCGGUCACGGCCAAGGUGAGCACAGACGAGCAACUCGCAGCAGAGAAGCAGGGGACGGUAUCGGAAGAGGCCCAGACGACGCCAAGGGCAUCCGGGCCAAGGCGAGGCGUCGUCCGAUUCGCAGACGUGCAAGCCUCGCCCUCAGUCCAGACUCCCACCAAGGCCAGAUUCCAAGACAGAGGCAAGGCCCAGACUCGUCGACCCCUGGACGACAAGGACGGGAAGGACGACGACGAGGACGACGAGGACCUGGAGAACGCGUUCGAGGCCUUUGAAGCCCGCACGUUUCCGGCGCGGAAAACGACGCGCAAGAAGCCGGCGGCUGCAUCCAACGCAAGGGAGACGGCAGCGGGCAGCGACAAGCCGCAGCAGCAGCAGCAGCAGCAGCAGCAGCAGCAACAGCAGCAGCAACAACAGCAGCAGCAGCAGCAACAGCAGCAGCAACAACAGCAGCAGCAGCAGCAGCAGCCAAUUGCCUUGCCCAGGGACUGGCACGACCACCAGACGCCCCUCAAGCUGACGACGCUGCGGCUGAUUCCGCAUCUCCCUUAUGCCCAGAACUGGUCGGUCAACGUGCUGGCGAUUGUGGCCUCGCUGUCGCCCGUGGAGCCGUCGCAUCUGGCGCCGGGCAAGCAGCGCACGGCACGCAUCGCCGACCCGUCGACGGCCAAGCAGGUGCACCUGACGGUGUUUCUGGACCCGGACGGGUUCACGCCGCGGGUGGGCAGCGCCGUGCUGCUGGUCGGCGUCAAGAACCACCGGUUCGACGGGGGCAGCCUGAAGAAGUACGCCAGCGACGGCGACAGGCGGUGGUGGUUUGAGGACCCGUGGGACUUGUCGUGGCUGGACGUGGCAGGGAUCAAGAGCUGGUGGCAGGGCGUGGAGGAGUAUUACCGGACGGGUGGUUGA